UGAAUAUUAACCAAUAUAAAUUGUUUCAUAUUAGAGUCAAUAAGAACGAUUUAGUAGCCUUUGCGCAUAUCGUCGAAUGAUUAUCGUUCAUAUCAAGCGAUUGCGAUACGAUAACUAACAGUUCCUUUUAAUUAUCUACAUUAGAUCUAAUCAUUGAAACCAUUUUAAAUCGAAACAAUUUAGAAGCAACCAUGAAAAACAGUAAGCCGAGUUCGACUGUCGGGAACGAAAGUGUUUCAGUAAAAGAACUUAGCUGUUGGGCGAAAUUUAAAAGUUUCUUUGACGAUAGAGGUUUUGAUUUAGAAUGUGAAUAUAAAGAUGUGAAUUCAGUUCAUGAUGUUGUUGCAACAUCGAAUAAUUUAAAUGGUUAUAGACAAUUUGAAGAGAUAAACAAUAAAAAAGUUGAAUUUCAACCUAAAAAACGUGUAUCACGGACCGUAAACAAAACAAAAGAUACGUCAGAUGUUGUCAAUUUUUACGAUCAACUUGCAAGUUUGAAUGAUGAUACGAAGGAAAAUGAAUUAUGGAAAAAGUCAGCGGUGAAUAGACCAAGAGUUUCCGUGAGACCAAGCAUAUCACUUACGAAAAUCGCUGAAGAAAUUAUUAGUGAUUUAGAAAUGGACGACAUAGAAGUGAACAGAUCCCCUCCGCCGUCGUACAUUCCGGCAGCCCUCUUUUACGCGCCGCCGGAGCCGCUUGAGUUGGUAUGCGUGUUCCCGGAGCGCGGGUCUCGCGUGUGCGCUGCGGCGUGCGCGGCGGCGGCGCGCGCGGGCGGCGAGGCACGUGCGGUUCGUGGAGCGCGGGAGGCGCUCGACACGUUCCGACGGGACGCGGACGCGCGUCUGCCGCACGUUGUGGUGGUAGACGCGCGUCAACCGCAGACACUCGAUGCUACUUUGUUAGCUAGAGCUAUCAGAGGAAUAAAGAACACUCAACAUAUAGUACUUGUAGCUGUUGUGAAGAAAAGUGCUUACCUCAAAGACGACUUUGCAGUUCUCCAAUACCUGGAAGCAGGCUUCAACCGGGUGAUGGUGGAGACAGUUGGUGCCACAGCGUGGUGCGGCGAAAUCUUGCAGGCGCGCGCUGCAGCCGCUACGGCCCGCGCGCAGGUCGCCGCGGUCGCCGCGCUCUCUGCCGCUGCAGAUCGCUGCCGGGACCUGGUUGCCGUUACUGACGACCAACAAAGGAUCCUCUUGACAAACAAGGCGUGGGGCCGCAUGCUAGGUUGGCGCGGCGACGAGGGCCCGCGCCCCCUGGCGGAGACUGUGGGUGGCGAGGCGCUGCGGCUGGCUGCGAGCGGCGCACGCGACUGGGAGGCGCCCGUCAUGCUGCGCCGCCGCGCCGCGCCUGACCCCAUACUGCUGCCCUGCCGCGGCGCCUCCGUCGCACUGGCCAGGAGCACAUCUCACGUAGUGUUCGUUUGCGAACCGGGCGGAGGCGACGGAGAGCGCGCGCGUGGCUCGCUGCACUCCAUCAGACGGGGCUCGCUCGACGUACGGUCUGUGGCCUCCGACGGCUUGCGUAGAACGUCUCUAGCCAAGCUGCAGGGACUGCCGCUAGAAGCUCCUAUCACUAAGGUGAUAUCAUUACUAUCUGCGGCGACGGAGGGCGCCCCGCCCGCCACUGUCGCCUGCAUCGAGCGCGCGGUCGACAUGCUGCGGACCUCGGAGCUGUACUCGCCUCAGAUGAAGGAGGACCCCAAACUCAGAGCAGAAGAUCCCAUAGCUACCGACCUCAUUGGAGCUCUACUGUCGCAAGGGCCGACUAACGUGUUGUCAUCGCGGCGGAGCAGCAAUGAUUCCACAGUUGUCAGAUCUCAGACGAACAGGACUAAUAUCAAACACAAGACAUCGGGUCAGCUCCGCGAGCUCUUGGAUACCGCACUGAGCUGGGAGUUUGAGAUCUUCCGUCUGGAGGAGUUAACACGCGGAAGGCCGCUGGCGCACCUCGGGCUGGCGCUGCUGGGCGGCCGCUUCGACGUGUGCGCCACUCUCGAGUGUGACGAGCGCACACUGCUGCACUGGCUCACCGUCAUAGAGACCAACUAUCACGCGGUUAACACCUAUCAUAACUCUACACAUGCCGCCGAUGUGCUUCAGGCCGUAGCAUACUUCCUGGAGAAGGAUCGUCUGAAGACACUCCUGGAGCCGCUGGAGGCCGCGGCGGCGUUGAUCGCUGCGGCGGCGCACGACAUCGACCACCCCGGAACCUCGUCCGCCUUCCUCUGCAACGCGCGACAUCCACUCGCUAUACUCUACAACGAUAUCUGCGUCCUCGAAUCCCACCACGCUGCGCUCACGUUCAAACUCACACUCAAUGAUGAUCGUGUGAACAUCUUCAAGAAUCUCGACCGAGACACGUACAAGACGGUCCGUCACAACGUCAUCGACAUGGUGCUGGCCACCGAGAUGACGAAACACUUCGAGCACCUCGCCAAGUUCGUGAACGUCUUCUACGCUAAGUCCAGCGGCAGCAAGGAGGAUGGCAUGAACACUGACGAACCUUUGUCACUGGACACUACAGCACUAUCUCUUCCUGAAAACGUGAUACUUGUAAAGCGAAUGAUGAUCAAGUGCGCUGACGUAUCCAAUGCAUCACGACCCCAGAAGUUCGCAUUUGAAUGGGCGAGGAGGAUCGCGGAGGAGUACUUCCUGCAGACGGAGGAGGAGAAGGCGCGCGCGCUGCCGGUCGUGAUGCCGAUGUUCGACCGCGCCACCUGCUCCGUGCCGCGCUCACAGAUCGGCUUCAUUGACUACAUCAUUAUCGACAUGAUGGAGGCCUGGGCCGCAUUCAUUGAUAUGCCGGAGUUGGUGAACCACGCGCGGAACAACCACACGCGCUGGCGGGAACUGGAUGAAGCCGGCGUUAGCUCGAUGGCGGACGUAAAGCGAGCAAUGCGCCAGCAAGCCAUACAAGCCCCGCCUACAUCAACUACAGAGCCCACCGCCGAGGAGUGAGCGCGCAAUGGAUGUCUCACAAGCGAACCUCACGCAAGGGAGCGAUGACUCCUAUAUCAAUGUAGUACAGUCUCCCAGAUAAUACACAAAGUACAGUCGAGUACGUAAAGUAUAUAAUAAAAAUUUGAAGUCAAAAUUGUCACAAAUUAUGGAGUAAAGUACAAUUGGAAAUAUUUUUACGGGAGCAACAUA